AUGACAAAGCACAUUCAGGAACAUGACGACAAGCUGACGGAGGACGCUGUACUGACGCUCGAUAAAUUGUUGAUUAUCAUGUGCUCGUUCAAGGCAAAGACCGACAAGCAGCACAAGAAAGCGUGCAAUUCCGUAGCAACGCCGAUCAUCGGUGAGAACCAGAGACCGAAAGAAGCUGACGUCACGGUAGAGGGAUCUGAGCCUCCCUGA